UUAGUCCUUAUCUAUCCCCCCACAACUCCCUCUUUCUCUCUCCUCUAAUAUCCAUUUUUAUUUCUCUCUCAAGCUGGAUUAGUGUCAAAAAAUGGAGAAAGGCGAAUCCUCCGCCACGCCGGAAGAGGACAAACCGCCACCGCCACCGCCACCGCACCAAACGAUCACCACAACGACGACCCACCACCUGUCGGCCCCACCAGGUUUGACCGAGGAUGAGUUCAACCAGUUGAAACCUUUUGUAAUCGACUUCCACACCUACCAUCUCACCUCAUCCCAAUGUUCCUCCCUACUCGCCCAACACAUCCACGCGCCGGCCGCCGUCGUCUGGUCUGUUGUCCGUCGCUUUGACAAACCGCAGACUUACAAGCACUUCAUCAAGAGCUGCACCGUUAGUGAAGCCUUCACAAUGACGGUGGGGUGCACGCGUGACGUCAACGUCAUAUCAGGAUUGCCGGCAGCGACCAGCACAGAGCGGUUAGACUUGUUGGAUGAUGAGAAACACGUGAUGGGGUUUACGAUCAUCGGCGGUGAACACAGAUUGAGGAAUUACCAUGCUGUGACAACGGUGCAUGAGAUAAUUAGCGCGGUGGAUGCACCGCCUAUCACGGUGGUCUUGGAAUCAUAUGUGGUGGAUGUGCCGGAGGGGAACACGGAGGAGGACACACGGCUUUUUGCUGAUACGGUGGUGAAGUUAAAUCUGCAAAAAUUAGCGUCUGUCACCGAAGCCAUGGCGCAUGACGGCGACGCCACCAUCAAGAGUCGCAGGUGAUCCCGCUGCUGUCAAUUAAUUGAUCCCAAUCCACGACCCCACUCAACCCGACCCGACCCGGGAAAUAAAUAGAAAAAAAAAAUCCACCUACACUUUCCCCUUUCCUUUUUUAUUGAAUUCGAAUAUUUGUGAGUUUUUCCUUUUUGUUGAUGUCUGUAUGGAAUUUACAAAAAGCACCCUUUGUCUGUAAUGAUGGGUUGCGACUGUCUCAAUUGUAUAUUAGGGGUGUUUUGGUCAAUAUCCAUGAUGGAAAUACUUUGUGAAUGUUUAAUAUUAUCUAAUACAUUAGAGAUGUGUUAAUUGA